GUUCAUUCUGCAAUAUCCAAUCUGCAAGGAAAUAUUCACGCUUUAAGCACUUUGCAGGAUAUUUGCCAAAAUGGGAGAACAACCUGUUAGAGUUUUAGCAUGCGGGGAUGUGGAAGGGAGAUUGAACGCUCUCUUCAAUCGUGUACAGACAAUCCAGAAGAAAGCUGGACCCUUUGAUCUGCUACUUUGCGUUGGAGACUUUUUUGGGACGACCCCUGAAGCAGAUGCAGAGUGGCAGCAAUAUAAAACUGGUGCAAAGACAGCGCCUAUUCAUACUUAUAUCUUGGGAGCAGCAAGUCAGGAGAUGACAAAGUAUUUCUCCAAUGCCUGUGGCAGCGAGCUGUGUGAAAACAUCACUUAUCUGGGUCGUCAGGGUGUGUUCACUGGAGUUUCAGGCUUACAAAUAGCAUAUGUCAGUGGCCGAGAAGGUUCACAGGAGCCAGCACCCUCCCACUGCUUCACAUCCAAAGAUCUGUGUUCGCUUGUUGAACCAUUGAUCAGUAACUCAAAGUUUAGAGGUGUGGACAUACUGUUGACAUCACAGUGGCCUAAAGGAGUGUGGCACUAUGGCAACACCCCCGAAGUGGACACAAAAACAUGUGGCAGUAACUCCAUUGCUAGCCUUGCAGACAAAUUAAAGCCAAGAUAUCACUUUGCUGGUCUAGAAGGUGUUUACUACGAGAGACUUCCUUACAGGAAUCAUGUUAUUCUCCAAGAAAAUGCACAACAUGUCAGCCGGUUUAUUGCUCUGGCAAAUGUCAGCAACCCAGCAAAGAAAAAGUAUUUGUACGCCUUCAACAUUAUUCCUAUGAAGAGCAUGGAUCAAGUAGAGUUGGUUAAACAACCUCAGGAUGUGACAGAAAAUCCCUACAGAAGAGUGACAAAAGACAAAACAGAUGCACCAAAACCAAGCUUUAAAAGUGAAGAGGAGGAACCUGUCAGUCAGUUUUUCUUUGACCUAAGCACAAACCAAGGCAACAGAAAGAGGCCGUCAGAUGGAAGAGGUCGAGGAAGAGGUCACUUCAAUGAAAGUGGGGGCAAACAGCCUCGCAGACAUCCCCAGCCGACAGGGCCUUGUUGGUUUUGUUUGGCCAGCCCUCAGGUGGAGAAACACUUGGUCAUCAGUAUUGGCACACAUUGCUAUCUGGCUCUGGCUAAAGGUGCCCUGACACCUCGACACUUACUGAUUCUUCCAAUCGGCCACUACCAGUCCGUUGUGGAUUUGGCCUCAGAUGUGGUAGAAGAGAUGGAAAAAUACAAAUCAGCACUCAGAAGUUUCUAUAAGAGCAAAGGGGAACGCUGCAUCUUAUUUGAGAGGAAUUACAGGAGUCAACAUUUGCAGCUACAGGUUGUUCCAGUGCCAUUGAGCUGCUGCACCACAGAGGACAUUAAAGAGGCAUUUAUGGUCCAAGCUCAAGAGCAAAAAAUGGAGCUGAUGGAAAUUCCUGAACAUACAGACCUCAAGCAGAUUGCUCCUCCAGGGACUCCUUAUUUCUAUGUGGAGCUUGAUUCAGGAGAGAAACUCUACUAUCGUAUUCAGAAGCAUUUUCCUUUGCAGUUUGGCAGGGAAGUUCUGGCCAGUGAGGCAGUGCUGAACAUUCCAACCCGGGCAGAUUGGAAGGAGUGCAAACAGACCAGAGAGGAGGAGGAGGACUGCUGCAAACAACUGAGAGACGACUUCCAGCCUUUUGACUUUGCAUGGGAAGACUAAAUAUGCUUGGGCUCAUUCGUUUUUACAAACUCAGAAUUUAACAUGGUAUUAAAGCCUCCAAUGAUUUCAUA